GUUCGCCGGCGAUUGUCUUUGAGGGACAUCUUUUUGCCGCCGGCGUCGUCGUUCCAGGUUCAGAUUCUUAGUUCCAUCCUACAUUUCACUUAGAGGCUCAGAGAAGUUAAUUUCAGAUUGUGUCUCGGCACCCACUUGGCGAUAAACCCUAGAUUUCGCCGACGAACGUCUAAAUUUCGGGUUCAGAAGAUCCGUUGGGUAUGGAUCAGGAGGCAGCUCGGACCGCUCGUGAGUCCCUGGAGCUCGUGUUUCGGAUGUCGAACAUCCUCGAGACGGGGCUCGACCGCCAUACAUUGUCGGUUCUUAUUGCUCUUUGCGACCUCGGUGUCAAUCCGGAGGCUCUUGCCGCCGUCGUCAAGGAGCUCCGACGAGAAUCGUCGUCUGAUUCCGUCGCUGCAGUGGCAAGGCAGAAUAAUUCUUCACCCUCCAUGGACUGAUGUGGUGUUCAUCUUUCGAAAGGCAACUAAUCGGUUGAAGGUUCAUCGGAGAUACCAUGGAUUCUGUGGUUUCUCAGAUAAUCUGGGUGUUGCGUUUCUUGUCUGUUUCUUUGUCAAGCUGAUGUCUUUUUCCCAGGCAUAAUGUUAUUUGACUUAUAUGGGUUUAUGUUCAGUUG